CGCCGGCGGCCGCGUUGAUUGCCCUAUCAUGGCUUGGCGAUCGGCGCGGGCUUUUCGGAGUUGCUUGGGCUGAGCUCCGCGGAAGUAUGGCCGGGUCGAGUCAGCACCUGCGCGAACUGCAGGGACCUCCGCUCCCACCCAAGGACCUGGUGGAGGAGGACGAGGACUACCUAAGGGAGGAUGUGGAGGAGGACGAGGACGCGGCGUUCGUGGACGCCGAGGAGCUCUGCAGUGGGGCGGUGAAGGCCGGCGGCCUCCCCGGGCGCCUCCGCGUUUUAAUUCCUGAUGAAAACACUCAAGAACCAUGUAUUGUGUAUGGACGUUUUCCAAUAAUGGGUCCUUGGUGGCGAGUGAAAGUACAAGUAAAGCCUGUGGGAUUGAGGGGCUAUCAAGUUCAAGGAUUUCCAUCUUAUUUUUUACAGUCUGAUAUGUCACCACCAGAUCAAGAACAAACCUGUUCCCUCUUUCUUAAAGAGUGUGAGUUCCCCGAUGAUGACCGCAUGGAAUUCUUAGCAUGGGUAAAGGAGGUGUCAAGCUAUAAUGACCUAAGCUUUGAAAAUCUUAGGGAAACAUUAAUAACUUUUUACAAGGAAAAGAGAAGGAAAGAUCAAAAACAAUCUGCAAAGAAAGAACAGGAAGAAUUGCCACCAGAUUGUGAGACGAGUCUCCCUAUGACAAACCCAAUUCCAUAUAUAAAUGUAAUGACAGCUUUAAAGUUUCCAAAAAUAAUGGAAUUCCUUCCAAUUCUGCUGCCUCGACACUUUAAACGGCUCAUCGACUCAGGUUCUAAAGAGGUAUUGGCAAAGAUAGAAGAAAUUUUAGGUACGCAUCCAUGGAAACUUGGAUUUAGUAAAAUAACCUACAGAGAAUUGAAACUUUUGCGAUGUGAGGCAAGUUGGAUGGCAUUUUGUCAGUGCACGUCUCUUCUCCAGCUGAUGACUAAUUUGGAGAAGAAUGCAUUAAUAAUGUAUUCUAAACUGAAGCAGAUGUGUAGAGAGCAUGGGCACACAUAUCUUGAAGAAGCUGACUUAACUUCGAUAUUGUCAGAGCACAUGUCAUUUCAGGAUGCCUGGGAGUCGCUAAAGUUUUUGAAGGAUAUUGGUGUGGUAGCAUGCGAGAAGGCCUGUGUCUUCCCUUAUGACCUUUACCAGGCUGAAAGAAGCAUUGCCUUUUCAAUAUGUGACCUGAUGAAGAGUCCUCCUUGGCACUUACAUGUUGAUGUCAAAAAGGUGCUUGCAUCUAUUCACACCACAAAACCUGAGAAUUCAAGAAGUGAUGACGCAUUGAGUGAAAGCAAACCUGAGGAUGCAUUGAGUGAAAGCACACCUGAUGACGCAUUGAGUGAAAGCACACCUGAUGAAAAUCCUGUGGCUGUUGUAGACUCACAGGACAGUGGUGACCAUAUCUGGACUAAUGGUGACAAUGAAAUUAAUGAAGAAAUAAGUGAAGUCCAACUGGAUCAGGAUCAGGUGGCUGCUUUGGAAAUGAUUUGCUCUAAUGCUGUGACAGUCAUAAGUGGGAAAGGUGGUUGUGGGAAGACCACAAUUGUUAGCCAUCUUUUUAAGCAUUUAGAGCAGUUGGAAGAAAGAGAAGUAAAAAAAGCUUGUGAAGAUUUUGAGCAAGACCAGGAUGUCCCAGAAGAAUGGAUUAUGUUUACUGAGCAAAGUCAGCUGGACGCUGUCAAGGCUAUAGAAAUUUUGCUCACGGCACCUACAGGGAAAGCAACUGGCUUACUGAGACAGAAAACUGGUUUCCAUGCAUAUACGCUAUGUCAGGUCAAUUAUAGCUUCUAUGUAUGGAAAAAUAAGAUGACCAAGGACAGGCCAUGGAAGUUUGCUUCGGUUAGAGUUCUGGUUGUGGAUGAAGGGAGUUUGGUAUCCGUAGGAAUCUUCAGAUCUGUUUUAAAUUUAUUAUGUGAGCACUCCAAACUUAAAAAGCUUAUUAUCCUUGGUGAUAUUAGACAGUUACCCAGUAUUGAGCCUGGUAACUUGCUGAAAGAUCUUUUUGAGACUCUUAAGUCAAGAAAUUGUGCUGUUGAGCUAAAGACAAACCAUAGAGCAGAAUCUCAGCUAAUUGUGGACAAUGCUACAAGAAUCUCAAGGCGCCGGUUUCCAAAAUUUGAUGCAGAACUAAAUAUCUCCGAAAAUCUAACACUCCCCAUUUCAAUUCAAGAUAAGACAUUUAUUUUUGUCAGACUCCCAGAAGAAGAUGCCAGUUCUCAGUCAUCUAAAAAUAAUCAUCAGUCUUAUUUAUAUUCUGCGGUUAAAACUUUACUGCAAGAAAAUGACUUGCAAGAUGCAAAAACAUCACAAUUUAUUGCAUUUAGAAGGCAAGACUGUGAUCUCAUCAACGACUGCUGCUGCAAGCACUACACAGGCCACCUAAUCAAAGACCAUCAGAACAGACUUAUAUUUGGAAUUGGUGAUAAAAUUUGUUGUACCAAAAAUGCGUACCUCUCGGAUUUACUGCCUGAAAAUACCUCUGCAAGUCAGCAAGACAGUGAUCUAGAUGCCAGUCGUACUCCUCGUGAUUUUUCUAAAAAUAAGCAUGACUUUGAAAGUAAUAUUCGACUGUGCAAUGGAGAAAUAUUUUUCAUUACAAAUGAUGUGACUGAUGUAACUUUUGGAACAAGAAGAUUUUUGACCAUUAGUAAUAUGGCUGGUUUGGAAGUAACUGUGGAUUUUAAGAAACUAAUGAAAUGUUGUCGCAUAAAACAUGCAUGGGCAAGGACUAUUCACACCUUUCAGGGGUCUGAGGAGCAAUCAGUCGUCUACGUGGUGGGGAAGGCGGGCCGCCAGCACUGGCAGCACGUCUAUACUGCGGUGACCAGGGGCCGCUGCCGAGUGUAUGUGAUUGCAGAAGAGUCUCAGCUCCGGAAUGCCAUCAGGAAAAACAAUUUCCCCAGAAAAACUCGUCUGAAACAUUUCUUGCAAAACAGUCUCUCCCUUAGCUGUGCACCUCCAGCAGAUUUCCCGUCCCCGUCGAAGAGUGCUGGAGACAGUGGAGGACCCAGCACACCAUUGGCGUCACCACUCCCCACAGUCAAGGGCGAAGUGGCGACAAAUGGCAUCGGUGCAGGACCCAGCCCACUGUCAGCAUCACCGUUCCCUGGAAUCAUGGCUGAAAUGGCAACAAACAACGUCACCAGGAGCAAGGCCACUUCAUUCGAUGACAGGGCACACGCUUUUGCUGGAAGAUGGCAAUCAUUGGCAUCUGAUGAGGUGGAUAUGGAUGAGGAUUUAUUAAAAUUACGAGGAUCCAAAAGAACCAGUGAUGUGAAUGAUGAUGAAAGUCCAAGCAAAAUACUUAUGGUGGAAGAAUCUCCACAAGUGUCAUCCGUACUUCAGAAUUUGAGACUAAAUAAUUUAGCCCCCAGGCAACUUUUCAAACCCACAAAUCAUGAAGAAACGUAAUCUUAUUUCAGAUUGCUCAAAAUAAUCAUCUGUUUUUUUUUCUGUUCAAGACAAAAUGAACAUUGUAGCUUUAAAAUAUCAAGAGAAAAGAUGAUGCCUGUAACUGGAGUUUUACUUUAAGGUGUUUGUGUUAGCAGAUAUUUUAAAUCCAUUUGAUCAAAGAAGACCUGAACAAUUUCAGCAUCUGUCAUCAUGAGAACUGAUAGCUCUGGGCAUGAAUGAAGAGAAAAGAUGUUUUUUAUAUAUGUAUUUUUUAUAAAAUUAUGUACUUUAAAAAUUA